AUGAUGAAACCUUCCACGGCAGAGACGCUUCAUAGAGGAAGGAUGUUGUGGAUAAUUCUUCUAAGCACAAUUGCUCUAGCAUGGACUACACCAAUUCCCUUGAUAGAGGACUCGGAGGAACUCGAUGAGCCCUGCUUUGAUCCAUGUUACUGUGAAGUGAAGGAGAGCCUUUUCCAUAUACAUUGCGACAACAAAGGAUUUAUAAAUAUUAGUCAGAUAACGGAGUCGUGGUCGAGACCUUUUAAACUUUAUCUGCAGAGGAAUUCCAUGAGGAAAUUGUACACCAACAGUUUUCUUCACUUGAACAAUGCUGUGUCUAUUAACCUUGGGAACAAUGCACUGCAGGACAUUCAGACGGGGGCUUUCAACGGGCUCCGAGUUCUAAAGAGGUUGUAUUUGCACGAAAACAAAUUGGACAUUUUCAGAAAUGACACUUUCCUGGGUUUGGAAAGUCUGGAAUAUCUGCAGGCAGAUUACAAUGUCAUUAAACGGAUUGAAAGCGGGGCAUUUCGGAACCUAAGUAAAUUGAGGGUCCUUAUCCUAAAUGACAAUCUUAUCCCCAUGCUUCCCACCAACUUAUUUAAGUCUGUGUCCUUAACCCACUUGGACUUGCGCGGGAACCGGCUAAAAGUCCUUUCGUACCGCGGGAUGUUGGACCAUAUUGGCAGGAGCCUGAUGGAGAUCCAGCUGGAGGAGAACCCGUGGAACUGUACGUGUGAGAUCGUGCAGCUGAAAAGCUGGCUGGAGCGCAUCCCCUACACCGCCCUGGUGGGGGACAUCACCUGCGAGACCCCCUUCCACUUCCAUGGGAAGGACCUGCGGGAAAUCAAAAGAAGUAAGCUCUGCCCCAUGCUAUCCGACUCCGAGGUGGAAGCCAGCUUGGGCAUCCCUCAGCUGUCGUCCAGCAAGGAGAACGCGUGGCCUACGAAGCCUUCCUCCAUGUUGUCCUCCUUCCAUUUCACCGCCUCCUCUGUUGAGUACAAAACAUCCAAUAAGCAGCCCAAACCCACCAAGCAGCCCAGGGCGCCCCGGCCUCCCCCAACACCCCGGGGCCUGUACCCUGGGCCGAACCAACCGCCCGUGGCUGCCUACCAGACCCGGCCCCCCAUCCCCAUCAUCUGCCCUACCGGGUGCUCUUGCAGUUUGCACAUCAAUGACCUGGGCCUGACGGUCAACUGCAAGGAGCGAGGGUUUCACAACAUCUCCGAGCUCCUGCCCAGGCCCUUGAAUGCCAAGAAGCUGUACCUGAGCGGGAAUUUGAUCCAGAAAAUCUACCGCUCCGAUUUCUGGAAUUUUUCUUCCUUGGAUCUCUUACACCUGGGGAACAACCGGAUCUCCUACGUGCAGGACGGGGCUUUUAUCAACCUGCCGAAUCUCAAGAGCCUGUACCUGAACGGCAAUGACAUCGAGCGGCUCACCCCGGGCAUGUUCCGGGGCCUGCAGAGUUUGCAUUACUUGUACUUCGAGUACAACCUGAUCAGGGAAAUCCAGCCGGCGGCCUUCAGCCUCAUGCCCAACCUGAAGCUGCUCUUCCUCAAUGACAACUUGCUCCGCACCCUGCCCACCGACGCCUUCGCCGGCACCUCCCUGGCCCGCCUCAACCUGCGCAACAACCAUUUCUUGGCGCUGCCGGUGGCGGGGGUGCUGGAGCAUCUUCACGCCAUCGUCCAGAUCGACUUGAAGCUCAACCCUUGGGACUGCACCUGCGAGCUGGUGCCGCUGAAGCAGUGGCUGGAGGCGCUCAGCUCCGUCAGCGUGGUGGGCGAGGUGCUGUGUGCCAGCCCGGAGAGCCUGGCCCGCCGCGACCUGCGCUCCCUGGAGCUGGCCGCCCUCUGCCCCGCCGCCCUCCGCCCCGCCGCCGCAGCCGCUGCAGCCGCCUCGCCCCCCGCCGCCCCUCCGCCGCCCGACGCCACCGGCGCCGCCGCCUACGAGCUGCCGCCGGCCACCGCCGCCGUGCCGCUGUCCGUCCUCAUCCUCAGCCUCCUCGUUCUCUUUUUCUCCGCCGUGCUGGUGGCCGCCGGGCUUUUUGCCUUCGUGUUGCGCCGUCGCCGGCGGAAGCUGCCGUUCCGCGGCCCACGGGGGGAGGCGGCCGACCUGGGGGGUUUGCCGCUGCGCUGCCCGCGGAUCUUCGAGGAGGGGGGCGGCGGUGGCGGCGGAGGAGGAGGGGGAGGAGGAGGGGGGGAGCGCUCCCCGGAGAAGGCGCCCCCGGCGGGCCACGUCUACGAUUACAUCCCGCACCCGGUGACCCAGAUGUGCAACAACCCCAUCUACAAGCCGAGGGAGGAGGAGGAGGCGGCGGGCGGCGGCGGCGGGGAAGCGGCGGAGCUGCUGCGGGGCGGCGGGGAGCGCUUCGCCCACACCACCGCCGCCACCGCCGCGCAGGAGCCGGGCACCAACUACCGCACUUUGCUGGAGAAGGAGCAGGAGUGGAGCUUGGCCGUGUCCAGCUCGCAGCUCAACACCAUCGUCGCCGUCCAUCCCCAGCACCCCGCGGGCGGCGGGCUGGCGGCGGGCGGCGGCGGGCUCGGGGGGGCGGCGGCGGCGGGUGGGACCCCGCGGGACCGCGACCGCCCGCCACCCUGUGCCGUGGGCUUCGUGGACUGCCUGUACGGCACCGUGCCCAAGCUGAAGGAACUGCACGUCCACCCGCCUGGCAUGCAAUAUCCGGACCUCCAGCAGGACGCCAGGCUGAAAGAAACCCUUCUCUUCGCGGCCGGCAAGGGCUUCUCAGACCACCAAACCCCCACAAGCGAAUACCUCGAGUUAAGGGCCAAACUCCAAACCAAGCCGGAUUACCUCGAAGUCCUGGAGAAGACCACGUACCGGUUCUGACCGCCGCCCCGCCGCCCGUCCCGGCACCGCCGCAUGCGAGUAGAGGAUACAGCUGUGUGCUCUCCCCCGCCAGAUGUGCGCGCUGUGGGGAAGGGCCGUUCUCAGAUCAUUAAUCGAUGAAGUGCCUUCGCAGACUUUUGCCAGCAGAUGUUAAUCAAUCAUUAUUUUUUAUACUGAAACUGAGACUUUGACUGUGCCAUGUCUAAGGUAUAUUAUUAUUAUUAUUAUUAUCGGGGAUCUUUGUAUUGAUCCUGAUUAAGUAAAUUCUACGUAUGUCUCCUUUUUUAUUUUUUUUCCUUUUUCUUUUCUUUAUUUUUUUUUUUUUUUUACCGUCCCAGUAAACUUCCUUUAUAUUUUCCCUUGGAGGGGGAGGGGAGGGAAGAUGGCAUUUUGUGGCUUGCUUUCUUCUUGCCCAUCAUGGCACAGAUUCUGUACAUUUAUUUAAAAAGGAAAAAAAAUGCAAAGAAGCAAACGAGCGCAGUUUGCUGCAUGCCUGGAAACUGCAAGAGGGAAGGGAGGGGAGGGUCUUGCUCGAAUGUCUCACUCUUGUCUCUCUCCCUCCCUCGCACGCACACUCACCCCCACCGCCCCCCCACCGCCGCCAGCCCGGCCCCUCCGCGCAGCUCCCGCCCCCGCGGGGUCCCGCGGAGGGGAAUCCCGUGGGCUGGGGGAUGUCACCGGGAGCCGAGCAGCCCAAAGGAUGUAACAACGUGGCGCACACACCUAGGGAAUGCUCAGUGACACUUCGUCAUGACGCCAUGGUUUUUUGGAGGACAUCCGCACUUUCCUAAUAAAAGCGACGUGCAAAUAUACAGAAAAAGGAAAAGAAAAAAAAAGGAAAAAAAAAAGCUACUGGGCACCUAUCACUAACAGCUUUGUAGGAAGCACUUUUAAUGUUUUCUCUCAUACACACGUGCACACACACACACACACAAAGAUACAACAAUGUGCAUAUAUUUAUUCUGUAAUUUCAAGUGAAUAUAAAUUGUAAAGGUAAUGUUUAAUCAUUGUACAGUGAUGCGUCUGGUAUAGCUUUCCUAAUAAAACGUUUUGAAAAAAAUGCAUAUAUAUAUAUAUAUAUAUAUACACCCAUAUAUAUAUAUAUAGGAAUACAAAGCUUGAACCUGGAACUUCAGCUUCCCCCUACUGAGAUUUCCUUCCCGCACCUUAACCUUGAAAGCUAUUUUGUUAAUAACAGUUCAAUGCACUGUGAUGUUAACAGAGGAAAACCCUGUACAGCUUCUCUUGCCAAGAUACCACCCGAGACUUUUAAAAAUCCGAUUUACAAUCUGUAUUCCCACGUUGUACUGUACUUAUGGCAGUUCCCAUGUAUUUAAAAAUGGGCAGCAAAAAUAAGACCGCAUCCUCGAGUGGCGUUUCUUGUAGGAGCGCUGGGAGCAGAGGAUGCGGAUGGUCCUGGUGUUCGCAGUAAAUGCGAAGUGAGCAGUCAGAGGGGGGUGGGAGGGGGGGAAGUUAAAGCCAAUUUCAAUUGUUGAAAAGGGAGAAGCCAACUGGAAAAGGAUCCUGACGGCUUCAAUCACCGUGGCUGGGGCAGCGCUGCUCCCCGUUUGCUCCCGGCUGAAACAGGAGCAAAACCAAAGACGGUCGGAUUUCCCUUCUCGGGAAGGUCCCGGUUGGUAUCUUGUCACCCGUUGGUAUCUCGUCACCCGUUGGUUUCUUGUCAUCCGUUGGUAUCAUCUUGUCCCCGGUGACCCCGGGGCCGGGCCGACGGCGGCAGUGAGUGGCGCCGCGGGGCCGCCAGGUGGCGCCGCAGUCCCGGCGCUGGCGGCCGCGGGGGCGACCCGGGCGCUCUCGGGCCCGAGAUCGGGCCCGAUCCGGUCCCUGCCUGCCUCGUUGAAUGUACCUCCCGGGCACCUUAUACCGGGGCAGGCUGUGCCGCUAAGGGGGAGAGAACCUGUAGCUGGCCGCCUGUGUCGCUGAGGCACUACCCUAACGACCUUCGAAUACACGAUUUUAUAGAGAAAUAUCAAAUAUAUCUAUAAAUAUCGUUUGUCUUAGUGGGACAGCGGUAACGGUCAUUUAUCCGGGUGAAUUGCGAUUUUUUCCCCUCCCUGCACUUUGUUAAAAAGGUAUUGUCCUGGGGCUUGUUGACCAAGGGUCUCUGUCACCUUUCUGGAGCUGCUGUAGCACCGAGGUGGUGUCACCUCAGACCCAGCCACCUCUCCUUCCUCCCGAGGAACAACUUGAUUCCACCCAGCACAAUGCGUUUUGAUCGAGAUAGAACCAUGAAUACUUGUUUUCACCCCAAGUAUCGCUAUUUAUAGCUUCAGCAAAUAUGCUUAUUGCAGGCGCUUUUUUUUUUGUCAGUCUGUCUUGGAGAGGCAUCUGGGUGCGACAGAAGUAAUUUCCUGAGCCUUGGUAGUAGCUGUAUGUGUUUUGAGAUGGAGAGACAGCUCCAAAUGUCUGUAAAUCUGGCGUCAGCUCCUUAAUAUUAGUAAAAAUAUUACGCAUUUGUAUUUCCCAGAUUCCUCUGUUGAGUUGAUAGUGUUUUGUUACUGCCGCCUUCAGCUCUAAUCUGUUGGGGUUUGUUCAUUUGUGCUUUUUUUUUUUUUAAUGGAUAGGAGAGCAGGCACAUAUUAAAAGUAACAAACAUCAAAGUGCAAAGGUCGGAUCCUUCUUACGAUGCUUAUAAUAAUUGCAUUGAUAAGACUACAUGCGAGUGAUGCGUGGAGCUGUAUAAAUCAGGUUAAAGUACAACCCCUAGUGAGAGUGGUGCUGUAUACAGUUGGCAAUCUCAUCAAACCCCCAAGUGUUCAUACUUGCAUCCAAAUAUAGCAAUGCCAGUUGCAAAUAAUGUUUAUAUUUUAAUUAAACCGCAGAAACACAAGAGAAUUUCAACAUAACUAUAGGUAGUAAUCUCACCCGUGAAUGGUGAAGAAAUCUAUUUAUUCAGUGGAAAUAAAUUUGUUCUAUGAGAAUGGAAUUUUUGUAUUAAAAGAGAUAAUUUUUGGCUUACGUUGAGUUACUUUUCUUUCCUUGUGUAGAAAACUUCUUUUUCCUUGUGUACUGGAAUCAUUGGGGGAUGAUUCGCUCUGGAAGUGGUGACACUGUUUAACUGUGAUACCUAAUGUGUGUUAUGAUGACUUCUAUUUUGCAAUUUCAUUGUGCUGAGCUGAGGCUGAGUGGGUGGCAGCUUUACUUUCCACUACAGGAAACAAAAGUGGAUCCAUCAUCUCUGAUCAGGGACGGGUGAUUCUUUACGUGUUUCAGCCCGGGUUGCUCCUAUUUAAUAGGGAGUAUUAAUGACAAUUAUAUGAUUAUCAGCAGUAUUAUUGGUAGCAUUAAUAAUAUCAGGAAGGAAUCAAAUAAAGUCAAGUGAUUCGCAUUUACAUUGGAGCUGUUUGAUGGGAUACUACUUUAAAUAAAUAAGAAUAUCUUUUAGCUUAUUUCAUUACUGCACAACAAAUAGCUGGUGUUGGUUUCAGCAGUUCAGCUUGUGAUGAGGCUCAGAACCUGGCAGUAAAUCUUUCACAAUGAGUUUCUUUUCUUCAGUCAUUGGCUAUAUUGAAAUUCUUCCUCCAGGUGGAAAAGGCCAGGUAAGUUCCAGUCGCAGCUGAUAACGACUGCAUACAGGAAAAUAGAAAGGAUAAUAGUGGUGCUCAAUUAUCAGUGGUCUUUUGUAUUUCCUGGAUAUUGUGGUGGAUGUCUUUGCUCUACUUGGGUUAAAAGAUUUGUUUGAGACUUGGAAAUUGCUUCAUGGAUUUCCUGACUGUAUCAAUAGUGAGAUAAAGGUGUUAAUUUUUAUGGUAUGAAUCUGAUUAUACUAAUUUGACUUCUGGAGGGCCAUCCAUCUCUGAAAGUCUGUUCUAGUUAGGCCAAUAUCUCAGAUGGGUCAUUUAUUACGGGAUGCAGUGGACUUGAGUUAAGCUGUGAGAACUCUAGAUUUUGUCAGAGAUCUUUCCAGACAAACCCACUAUUCAGCACAUCAUUGCAGCUGAUCUGGUUUUAAGCUAGAAAAGUGAAGCUAUGGUCAACUGGUGUUCUCUGCUGUAAACUUCCACAGCAACAGAACAGAAAGGUCUCUACAAAAUGCCAAUAUGCAAUGCUUUAUGUUUCUGAAGCACUAAUGGAGAGUAACUAAGGAGGGCUACGCCACUUCUAUUUUGUUCAAGUACCUACUUCACACCAAUAAGACACGAUGAAUUGGCUUGGGGUGUAACAGAGAUGUUCACGUGAAAAAGGCGUGCAGAAUUUGGCCUUAAGUUUGGAAGUUCAUUGCUUAUCUACGUUAUUCAAACAAAGAGUACGACUUCUGGCAGCGCACCAACCACUUAGGUGUGAACUCGUUCCAGAAUAGCUCUUCUUCCAAGGACAUCUGCUUUUUACAGCGUGGAUUUAUGUAUGCUCGGAAAUCAAGCUGCUGCACUUUUCAUAUGCCUAUUUUUUGAAUUUUCCAAGCCUUGAUUCUAAAUCUGACUUCCUCAUAAAUGAGCUGCACAGUGAAUUUUCUUAGGGGUUAUACAGCACAACACAGUUGUUUCCAUGGGAGAAACGUAGAGUAAAUUUACCCAAUAUGCAACUUCACAACUUCUUCCUACUAACAACGGCUCUUUGUACAAAAAUAUGCUAUUUUUAAUACUUUGUGAAGCUGAUGUGAGUGGAAAUACAAUUUUUUCCCCCUUCAUGAAAAAGAAUCUGUUUUAUUCUGGCAAAUGCAGCUAUGCCCCCAAGUCAAAGUCUGUUUGAGCUAUUGGAAGAAGUGGGAUGUGUUUGGAACAAACCGGUGACUGGGUAUGGACUGGAGGCCUAAUUCUGCACCCUUGAAGCCACUGAUGAAACACCACAAUACUGCUCAGUUUUAGCCAACAGAAUCAAUUGAACAGCAAAGUCUGAUCUCAGAAAAUUACAAUAUAUAUUAAGUGGAUUCAAGCAUUUCAAGACAAGUAUUCUAUGUGACUAUUUCAUAAUAAAAUGACUAACAGUACAGAGAAAAUGGUUUUGCUGUCAAUAUAGUAAUUUUUUCAGAUUGACCUCAUUCACAAAUGAACCAAACAAUCUUUAGAGCUUUUUAUUUUAAAAGAAGAGCAUUUGCAUAAAGACAAAUACGUGUGUGCCCUAGCAGAUUCAAGACAUGUGGAAAUUGGUACCAGAGUUUAGACCUAAUGUCAUAGGUAUCCAACAAGAUUUUUGUUGUAACAAUUGCAAAUUAUUUGGAAAUAGUGUAUUAGUAUCAUCUUUUGCUUUAAAAGCAAGAAUAUUUAGAGGCACUGACAACUGUGUUUCAUAUCAGGUCUUUAAAUGUCUUUUGCUUGAUUCUUGUAGUUUCCCAUUUUUAAAAUUAAGUACUUCUAUGUUAAUUUUUGUCAAGGUUGUUGGAGGAGUUGGAGGUUACAGAUGAAGGCAUCAGCUUUGCUACACAUGGGGUUCCCCAGAGGCUACUGGGGUGGAACAUUGUAUGUUACCUUUGAUCGCUGUUAAUGUAUUUGGAAACACUCCCUUGUGGUGACGUUUUCUCUGUUCAAUUGCUCAAUAUUGUGUUGGUUUUCAGAAUAGUGUUAAAUCGCUCAUUUUUGUGGAAAAAUGAUGGGAGAAGGUUUGAAGGAAUGGAGCCAUUAGCACUGCAAUACGAAUUCCCUGUCCCACAGUCACACUGGGGAGUCUCUGUAGAGUUAAUGUUGCAUCAGUCUUUAUAUUUUUUAAUAUUAUGGAUGUCAAUUGAAAGUGUGAGGUUAUUUUUAGACAUUAUGAAGAUGUAUGUGUAUGCAAUACUAAGGUGUUGGGUGCCUUAAAAAGAAUAGAUAAUAAUAGAGGGCAUAGCACAAUAUGAAAUAUUAAUAACUCAGUCAUAUACUGAAUCUUUAAUGUCCAUUUACAUUUUUUCUAAGAACUUUAUUUUUCUACUAGAAUUUUCUAAAUCUCUUAAGAAUAUCCUAUAUAUUCUAUGAAUCUUGAGGAAGUUUUUUUGGUUACCCAAGGGUGGAAUCUGUCUGUAUUUUGGAAUUCAAACAGAUACCAGUAACUGUGGAGGAAUAUUCCUGUCCGUGGCAUGUGGCAGGCAAUUUGGCGUGUUGUUGUGGCACUGUGCCAGGAAGGGAAGUUUUCUGCAGCAAUGAGAUUUUGCAGUAGGGCUUGAAUAAUUUCAACGAGGAGUUCCUGAAUUGUGAUAGAUCACUAUUGGACUGGCAUAGACCUGAGACAUGCUGCUGCUUCUGAUGGCACCACCAUCCCUUCUGCUGAUGCUGGGACCUGGCACCAUUGUUGGUAGGGGCUCCUGUGACAACAAUCAUAAAAGAAAAAGAAAAUCAGUCAAACAAACAAACCCACAAUGAAACAAAAUGUCUUUGUUCUACAGGGACCAUCUUAGCUGUGGUUAGCAACUUUCCCCAAAUGUUAAAGUGGCAUUAGCAUACUGAUCAUGGGACUUUUUUUCCGGCUUUCCUCAGCUUUACUUUGCUUUUCUGGAGAGAGUAGCUGGCUUACAUGUUAAAUUUAACUUUAGGAAUGUAUUUGUUAAUGUUUUCCAGCCCGUACUUGUUAAAAAUUAAUUCAGUCUAUCACGAUAGUGACUGUCCUACACUGUGAUGACUUUGCUAGAAAGCUACGUAAACCUUGGGUUUUGUAUUUGGUCUCUUAGUUAUUUUAUGUAUCUAUAUUAUGUCCGUUAUCUGAAUAAUCCUUGAACUGAAGUCUGCCAUUGUACUUUGGAGACUUUGGCUUUGCAAAUCAAGGCUGAUUAAUGUUUUGUUGUUGUUCUUGUUCCAUAAUUGUUUGGUUUUAUUUUAUUCAGAGUAUGAUUGGAGAGAGGAAAACAAUACAGUGUGAAGAUUCUCAUCAAACAAUACUUUUUAAUAGGACUUCCAAAUUUCUUUCCUUCUUAUCUUUUCUUUGGAGAAUGAAGGAGCUAUGCUCAAAAGAAAGUAGGAAUUGCUGCUUGGGCUUAAUGUUGAAACGUGUUCACUCUGCUGUGUGCUCUCAAUCCUGAGUGCCCAGGAUGGUCUGACUCAAAGGGAGAUGUAAGAAAUUCCCAUUAGUGAGAUGUGGCCAGUUCAUCUGAUUCACCAUUAGCUCCCACCCUGAGCAAUCAGGUACCUGGGCUGCUGUACCACUGAGGGAACUGGUCCUGUGCCCACAGGGAGCUGGGAAGGGCUGAGCACUGAGAAAAAUCAUGUCAGAAUGUUUCUGUGAAAGACGAACUUUAAAAAACAAAUACACAUCACUAAUGGAUGGUGGCCAUAUUAAAGUUUGUCUCUGUGUUCUUCUGAAAACUCACCCAGAGUUUCUCUGGUGCUGUUAAACUUCCAUGCAAGGGCACAUGUGAUCCAUCUUCAUGAAAGCACUGCUGAAAAAGAUGUAUAGCUAAUGCGUUCAUCUUAAUUAGAGAGCAUUGUUUCUUGUGGCAUCACUUCUGUUAUGUUUUCUUGCAGUGACCCAAAAACCUGGCUGCUUUGGACAGUGGAUAGUAUUGGCAAGCAAAGAAAUAUGGCAACUAAAGGUAUUUUUUUAGAUCCAGUUUAUGUUAGUGUUUUCUUCAAAGAAAGGGCAAAUGGCUCUGGUUCUGUAGCCCUCACUAACUAAAGGCAUUGAUUAGGGCAGAGACUCAUUGUUCGAUCGGUUUUAAAGCAACAAGCUAAGAAAUGUGGAUUUAUCUGAUUUAUAUACAAAUAUAUAUGUAUUCAUCCUGUGCGUGAUAAGGGGCCAUGAUGCUGAUGGAAGGCAUUGGCAUUGCUGGAACUUGGGAUCAGUUGUGACAAGUGGGAACCGUGCCAAGGCCAACAACGUAAAUGGCACCUGAAAGUCAAGCAUCUCGCUGGCUUAGAGACAGUGAAUAACAACAUGCCAUUUUUGUUGAAACCUCUAUUUUUAGAGCAGGGAAAGAAAUAUUUCACAGAAUCACAUUUUUCCUGCAUUUGGCCCAAGUUCUCAACCAGCCUCCAGAUUGUUGGCAUUCUCACAUUGCAUUUACCUGUCUGCAUGCACAGAUAUUCGUUUGGUUUGCACGCUGAAUACGUGCACGAAACAGAGACCAACUGAAAACAUGGUUAUCUUUGUUGGGUUUUUCUGUAGAGUGGUGUUUUGCACCUCAAGACUUCGGUUCUGUAAGAUGUGUCGCCUGGAUGGCCUCCCUGUAACUCAGCUUUGUAAAGCAGCCUCCCGAGCUUAGCCGUGGUGGGUUUACAUGCCUUGUGCUUUGCCUACGAGCCAGCCAAAGUCUGUUAAAGCCUUCAGAGCACAAACCCUGAUCAGAUGGAGCUCUAACAGGUACGCGCCAGGGAUAAAAUGGAGAUGUUCCAUUUGCAACAACCUAAAAUUAGUCGCUGGUAACUCCAAGCAGUGGUAACUACUUCCUAUGUUGUUACUUCUACUGGAACGGGGCGGCUAAUGCCUGUAAUGGAAAUGCUGAUACUAAGUAUGUAUAGUAUAUACAUAUAUAUGUAUGUAUACAUGUAUGUGCGAGCACGUUGAAGUGUAAAAGUCAAUUUUUGGAAAGUACUGGGAGAUUUAAGUGUAUGACUUGCUUUGGACUGUUAUUAUAAUAUAGGAAUUUUGGUAAUGAAGCUAAAAAUAGAUACAUUAAGAUCUACGUUCUCAAUGUAGGUCAGUGGAGGCACUUCUCAGACAUAUUAGCAUUUUGGACACUUAAUCUUCGCGGCAUAUUGCAUCUCCUAGAAUAGGUUAGUAGAGGCAAGGCAGGAGAAAUUGCUGCAGCUGAAGUCAUUCAGAAAGGUUGCCAAGUUUCUCAGGAACCAGAAUGGCAGAAUAAUGAGUCUUAUAUUUAAUUUGGGAUGGAAAGACAACCAUGGGGAGUUCAGCAGAGGCAACUCAGAUCAUCUCGGCUCUGUGGGGGAGGGAGAGUCUAUAACUAUAGCUGGCUAAAAAAAAGCAAGCUGUGUGUGCAUUUGUGUGUAUAUAUAUAUAUUUAUAUAUAUGUAUAUACAAAUCUGUGUAUGUGUAUAUAACACUGUGUGUAUAUAUGUAUGUAUAUGCCUAUAAUGUAUAAUAUGUGUAUCUAUAGAUAUGUAUACAUUUAUAUAAAUUUAUAUUUCUCUAUAUAAAUAUUCAUGCAACUGUGGGAAAUAACAUUUCAACAGCGUGUCCUUUUCUUUAAAACCCAACAAAAAGCUGCUUCCAUCAAUAACACGUUGGCACAAAUGUCUGAAGUUAUCUUUUCUGUGUAGAAAGGAGCAUUGCUUAGUGGUUGAGCACAAGCCUGGAAGGUUUUUACUAUUCUAGAGGACUCCAAAUAAGUCAUUAGCUGCUCCACAGCUGUUCUACAUUUGUGAAAUCAAGUGGUGGCCAAAAUGACUCAGGGCUGGUUUUAAAGGCAAAGGGAGGUGGUUCUUGACUGUUUGUGCUUUGGAAAUCUCUGUUAUGUUUACAGAGUUUUGAUGGUGAAAUAGCUGCACCAGUAAUUAUUCUGGUUGCUGUUAGUGUCCCAGCUCAUGCUAAUGGCUCCUGAAGAGAGGAAAAGAGAUUAAUUUCCUGCUCUAGUGUAAGUUAUCUGAAGUCUUAUUACUUUGACUCGGUGAUAUAUGGAUUUCCAUUUAGGGUUAGGAUGUUGGGCUAUAAAUCAAGAAUCUUAGCUCAGUGAACAUCUAGUUCAGGAUGUGACUUUUAUGUUAGAAUUGAUUUAAAAUGAUUUUGGUUCAUCGUCAGAACAAGCUAUACCUUAAUUCAUUAUAAGCUCGAAGAAUUUCUCAGCUGGAAACCCAUUCAUACCAGGGUGAAUUUUGCACUUCAGUGGGGUUGAAUCAGAUCAGAAUAUUUCAUUAAGCACUGACAUUAAAACAAUCUUGUAGUUGUGCAACUAUUAACUAAAAUUGUAAUUUUGUAAUAAAAGCGAGCCUAAAAGCAA